UCUAACAUACCAGCCAAAUGCAAAAGCCAUGGAAAGCUCCAUUCAAGUAUUCAUGACUCUUCUUUGGGGUUUAAUUGGACUUGCGUGGUUUUACUCGCCAUCAUUGUGUGUUGAAGGAAAUCCAUGCGAAGGGACUUACAAGUUCUUGAAUGAAAGUGAUCGUUCAGGGCUGAUAAAAUCAGACUUGAGUAAAUGUGAUGGCACUGACCUACAUGGAAAGUGGGGCUGGUUCCGUGUUUCUGGAGAUGCAGGGAAUGCCCUGGCGUCCAACGUCCCUCGGUCGGGUACUUGCGGUACAGAAAUUCGAGCUUACCUUGAAGAUGCUCAUCCGUCAUUCGGAGUCGGCAAACUUACUCUUACGUUCUGUACAGCCACAAAAUCUAAGAGUUGCCAAGCAAAAAGGGACCUUGAAGUAAUAAACUGCGGUGAAUUCUACUUGUACAAUCUAUUCAAGUUCAAGGAAAACUGCAACUCUAAGUAUUGGCGUUACUGCACGAAUGGUAUCGCGGACGACAAAUGCACUGGGGAUAAAUGUGCGAACGGGAAACGAUGCGUUUUGAAGGAUAAUGGAAACCAACAUGAAUGUGUGGACGCUCCUUCGUCAGGGACUCAGCCCCAAAUGAUGCCUCCCGCGGAGGAUCCUUUUUCAUCUAAUCCUUGUUUGAAUGGUAGCUCCUGCAAUAACAACUCUGAUCCUUAUACCUGCCUGUUUGGAUAUUCUGGCGACAACUGCCACAUAAACAAUUAUGAAGAUUGUACGUAUGCCCUUGGCAUGCAGAGUGGAAAAAUCCCCAAUCCCUCGAUAUAUUCAACUUCGUAUUGGAAUAACUACACCAAAGCCAGCCGAGGCAGGCUGAACCUUACAAGGCAAUCGGCCUACAGCGGAGGUUGGGUCGCUCGUACCGAUGCUGCCCAUCAAUUUUUGCAAAUCCAUCUCGGCUCAGAAGGGUACAACGUGGUGACAGGUAUAGCGACACAAGGGAGAGAAGAUGCCGAUCAGUGGGUUACAAAAUACUAUUUACAAUACAAGGGUUUGGAAUGGUACAAUUAUACGGAACAAGGGGGAAAGACAUUUAAGGAAUUCCAAGGGAAUACAGACCGUAAUGGUAUUGUCAGACACCAACUGAAUCCUAUCAUCAAAGCAAACAGCUUUCGCUUUGUAGUGCUGGAAUGGCACUCCUCCAUAGCAAUGAGAGUGGAGUUAUAUGGUUGUCGAGAUUUUUGUUUGGUUCAAAGGUGCUUAAAUGGCGGUACCUGCAUCAGUGACUGGAAAAAUGACAACUUCAAGUGUGUUUGUACCUCAGGGUACACUGACAACCUCUGUGGUACUCCUUUUACCCCGGAUCCCUGUUUGAUCAAUCCAUGCCUGAACGGUGGCACCUGCACUAGUGAUGGUAUUGACUCCUACCUCUGCACAUGUCCGCCGAUGUACACUGGUCUUCUGUGUGCCAUUUUACAAGACUUCUGUUCCUCAAGUCCCUGUCAGAAUGAUGGAAACUGCACCAAUACGCCAGAUGGCUUCAAGUGCACAUGUCGUAUGUGGUACACCGGGAAUGACUGUAGCACAAAACAGUGCCACGAGCCUCUUGGAAUGCAAAGCGGUGCAAUCAGAGACCAACAGCUCAUUGCAUCCUCGGAAAGAGACAAAUCUUCUAUCGCUCGAUUUGCAAGACUACACUACAAGUACAAAAAUAAACCAAAGUCAUGGGUACCCGUACUGGACCAUGGAAAUCAAUGGUUGCAGGUUUAUUUAGGGAACGAGCUGACCUGGGUAACUGGAGUAGCUACCCAAGGAAAAGGGGGUAAAAGAGAAGCAUGGGUUAAGAAAUACCUGCUAAGAUACUGGGGGGCUGGAGUACAAGUCCAGUUUUAUAAGGAUCAUGGGGAGAUCCACGCCAAGAAAUUUAUUGCAAAGACAGACAGUAGCAGUGUCGUUCAUCAUGAGCUGAAGCCACCAGUCAGAGCGAGUUGCUUUCGUUUCAGUGCAACGGAGUGGCAUAAUAACAUAGCAUUGAGGGUAGAGCUCUACGGAUGUAAAGAUGCGUGUUUGUCACAUCCCUGUCUAAAUGGCGGAACCUGUAACGGUAACUUAACAACCGGAGGUUACACUUGCAGUUGUUCUCCAGGAUACAAUGGGGAUAGGUGUGAGAUUGGUGAUGUAUGCUCACUGAGUCCACCAUGUUUAAAUGGGGGUACCUGUUCACUUCUUCAUAACAGGCCGUAUUUCAGAUGCAGUUGUCCUGUUGGAUUCAUUGGGCAUGAUUGCUGGUAUCAUAUACCUGAUUCUUGUUCUCCAUAUCCUUGCUUCAACGGAGGAACUUGUGAAUACAUCAAUCAAUGGCCGUAUUUUGAGUGUGAUUGUCCAACCGCCUACUUUGGUUAUACAUGUGGAUCUCUAGGGCAGACAGCUGACCCGUGUUCCACCGAGCCUUGCCUGAAUGGGGGAACCUGUACAAUGGAUAGUAACGCUCUGGGUUUUGAAUGCAGCUGCCCUUUAGGAUACUUUGGAUUUAAUUGUGGCCUUGAGCAAGCAGGUGACCGAUGCUCAGACAACCCCUGCAAGAAUGACGGAACGUGCACAGCGGAGAACAACUUGCUCGGAUACAGUUGCAACUGCACUUCAGAGUUUGUUGGUUUUGAUUGUGCUCUCCUGAAAGACGAUCCCUGUAUUCCGAAUCCAUGUCAAAACGCUGGUAUUUGUACAAGGACAGCUAACCUCAAGGAUUUCACCUGCAACUGUACUUCAGAAUAUACCGGUGAUACAUGUGAAAAUAAGAUAGUUCACGGAAACUGGAGUGACUGGACUGAAUGGCCCAACUGUAACAGGCCGUGUAAUAAUGGAUCGAGAACAAGGAAGCGCACAUGUGAUAACCCAGCACCAACUUUUAGUGGGAAAAACUGCGAGGGUUUACCCACAGAAACUGAAAGCUGUAAUUUGGCCAGCUGUCCAGCUGAAAUGAUAAACUACAAACUCAAGUUGAAAAAUAAAGACUGGAAUGACAAUCUAGCUGAUGUGGAAAGUGAAUAUUACACGGACCUUGAAGAUACAAUAAAGAAAGAAGUCUACAAUUUUUAUAACAAAAGAGAUGAAGACGUUAUUGUGGUGAUUUUAGAGUUCAGACCAGGAAGUGUUGUUUCUAGUUUUAACGUCACCUACUCUGGAAUAGACUCGUUGCAGAUUGUUUCCCUCCAAGAAGAAAUAGCAGAGGGGGCAUUGGGGGACACUUCCGCUGAGUUACUCAACAUCACAACCACUUCUGUACCAGAAGCUCCUCUCAUUUUGGAGGCUACCAGCACCACUUCGACAAGUAUUGAGUUGGAGUGGACUGCCGUCUCCCAGGCACCUUCUACUCCUCUUCUCGGCUAUGUUAUAGUGUACAAAGAAAUCAAUCAAAAGUUCCGACCGGAUAUUAUGAAAUCAGUGCCUCCCAAUCUCUUAAAAACCGUGCUUAAGGAUUUGAGCAAGUUUACUAACUACACCAUCCGGGUGUAUGCCUUUACAAGCAGCGGAAACGGAGUGUCUAGCAAGGCAGUCUCCCUCAGGACUCAAGAGGACGUGCCAAGUGAACCACCCCCUAACAGUGUCGUUAAAUCUACAAGUGAGAAUUCGAUCCAUGUUUCUUGGGAAAGGAUUAGCCAAGGCCAUGUGCAUGGAAUUCUUCUCGGGUACGAGGUUAGAUACGCAAAAGAAGAUGGAUCAUCGUCUUGGGUGAGAAAGACAUUUGGUGUCGAUGAAUUUGAAAUAGAUCUAAAAGAUCUUGAAUAUUUUACAGCGUACAAAGUUGUGGUGUGCGCCAGAACAUCCAAGGGCUGUGGUUCAGAGCAUUCUGACAUCGCUUAUACGUUUGGUGAUGUACCCAGCAAGCCUCCUCAAAGCGUGGUUGCUGAAAGACUAAAAGCUGCAGAGUUUAUCAAAGUCACCUGGAGUCCUGUGCCUUUUGGUUUUGUCAAUGGUCUUCUCAUGGGAUACUCUGUAAAAUAUCGAAGGAUCGUAACGGCUGAGAAAGAGGUUCGUCGAACGGAGGAGAAAACAGUCAUAGCAAAAUCCACGGAUCUUUUCAUAAUUCUGAAGGUUCAAACCUACUCAAUUUACGAAAUUAAAGUGGCGGCGUUUACUCAAAAGGGCAUGGGCCCGUAUAGUGAUUAUGUAUACGGUGAAACCUGUCGUUGUCCGAAAGUCCUGUACACUAACUACUGGUCGACUUCUCCAUAUCUAACAGUGAACCAGCAAGAUCAGAAGUUUGGUGGAAUAUUGAGUGACAUUGUCAUUGACAUGAUCUACUUUGCCUGCGGAAUCUGUCCCGAAUACGGUGAUACUAUAGUUAAAACUGAUUCAAACGGAAAAGGAAAAGCAGCCUUUAAGAAAAGCCUAUUAGGAGUUCUAGGUGACAUUGAUAACGUUCCACAGAUAAGUUUCCCGAUUUAUGGCAACGAAUAUAUCACAAGAUUCAUGGGAAGUCAUGUCUACAUAAACCUCGUGGAAUCUCCAGGACUGGCGUUUAUCGCUGUUAAGAGGAUGCCUGGAACAGCUGCUCGGAACAUGAUAAGCGCCGUGCUGGAUUGUGCUCCGUUGGUAGCGCUUUCAGGCUGCAUGGCGUUCAUCGCCGGGUUUGUUGUAUGGGCACUGGACAUGAAGCAAAACUCGGAUGAAUUUCCAGCCUGUUUUAGAAAAGGCGUCGGUGAAGGAUUUUGGUGGUCAUUUAUCUCCAUGACAACUGUUGGUUAUGGAGACCGUUCACCCCGUUCUGUUCCUGCUCGUAUCUUUGGUAUUGCAUGGACCCUCACCGGUCUUGUUAUUAUCUCAAUUCUGAUUGGUGCAAUUUGUUCAGCGCUCACGUCUUCAACUGUACCAUACCCCGUCACCCUCUAUGGCACAAAGAUUGGAGCCAUUCAAAACUCUACAGAACAACGCGUUGGAAUUUUGAAGAACGCAAGAGUAAACGAAGAUAAAAAAUAUACCAACUUUGAGGACCUCCGUACAGCGCUGGAGGAUGGAAAAGUUGAUGGUGCUCUAAUAGAAACGUACGUUGCUGCAGAGCACAAAGACGAACUGUUCAAUGACAAAAUUUUUGUGAAAGAAAUCCUGGACAGGCCGUUUGGUUAUGGAGUUGUUCUGUCAGGAGCGGCAGUGAACGUGGAACAGAAAUGUCGAGACUACAUCAGCAUGCAAAUAAGUGAAAUAUUUCAAAUCAUCCAGAACACAACAAAGACGCUUGAUCCAGCUCCUCCAGAUGAGGCUAUGGAACAAAGCACGGGCCUGUUUGAUUGUUCUUCUGAUAUGUUCCUUAUCGCUAUGGCUUCAAUGAUUGGAAUGUUAGGAGUUGCAGUCAUUAUCGGAGUAAUUUAUCAAUAUAAGAUAUUCAUUCCUCAGGAGAACAAAGUCGCAACACUCAAAUCUUCUACAUCACAUUUUUCUUCGAAAGAGGCCUUUAUUGAAGAAAUGAGAGAAUACGUAAACGCAUUCUAUUCUGACCUGUCUUUCAAGAUAAAUGCGAGGAAAGAGAAGAACAAAAACGAAAUUGACAAAAUAAAAGACAAAUACACAGUUGGCAAGAAACUUGGAGGAUCUGCGAAGAGUUCUAAAAUUCCUGUCUUGGUGAUGAAAAAUCCAGUGUAUUCAGCAAGCUCUUCUGCUGAAAAUUCGUUCGACGUGAAAAGAAAACUCAUUAGGCCCAACUCAAGAAAAAGCCUUCUUGAUCAGACUCAACGAUGGCAUUCUCCACAUCUUGCAGCUUUGAAUCGUGCUGAGGUAUCGUCAAGAUCCAACAGCACAUCCAUUGAUCACUGUCAACGUGGAAUGGAUUGCGAGACAACUUUGCAUAACAGUAAAGCGAAGAAAAGUUACACGAAGGCCCGAAGGCUAAACAUUGUAUCAUAGUUCACACCUUGUUUCCUGUAUUUCAGGGAGUGAGACAACCAAAUAACUUUAAAACUGGACAUCUUCAUGUUUGUAAAAUUACCAAAAUGAAUUUGCAAUAUAGUUCCAAAGCAGGCUUUGGAAUUCCUCAAAAUGGUGCAUUUGCCGAGGAAAACCUCUUCGGAAUUGCUUUUCCCGUACUUUCCAGCCUAAAUUAUAGUUUUCUUUCUCCCGUUGUGUUUUUUAUAUGGCAUUUAAUAAUUGAUAAGGAAAUUACACAUUCAAAGAGAAACGUUUUUUGAGCUGCAUAUUUUUCAAUUCUUCCCAUGAGUGGAAAGACUGUCACACGGUACGAAUAUAUUCUCACGUUUGAGAAAACGAGUUUUGUAUUUAUUUUCUUGACUUUAGUAUUUUCUGCUUUACCCUAGUUUUCCUGCUCUGAUUUCACUGGUCUUCUGAUAUGGAGACGAUUCAAACGGUUUUGCGAUCGUGGACUCUGUGCUCGUUCGAGACUUCAACUUCCAUUCGCUUGAGAGUUAAAGGAAUCGAAGACCUAGCGAAGUCUCAUCCGUUAAAAAAAAAUUUUAAUUUUAAAAAAUUUUAGGACUUUUGCAUAAUUCCAUAAUUCAUAACAUUAGAGUUGACAGGAGAGUUCACAUCUGAGACUGCUGCUUUGUUUAAAAGCAGUUUGAGGUUAUACGGAAAUCUGUAUUUUAGAUCGUUCAGCAGCGACCUAUCGGCUUAUUAAAGCGCUCAGUUAAAGUCAACUAUAUGUUACUUUUCUCUCCGUUAUGUUGCGUGUGUCUGCCUUAAGGUUACCGUGCACCUUCAUGGGUGUCUC